AUGCCGCCCGAGAAAUCUGGGGCAAUAGCUACAGCGACAUCAGCAGCUCUAGAUGACCCCAGCAAAAAAUCACCCAACACCGACAAUGCAAAUGUACCUAACGUAAACGCAGACGCAGAUGCCAAAGUUAAAGCUAAAGUCAAAGCUAUCCCGCCAGUACAAUCGAAUGAGAAGGUCGUUGUAGGGGGGACGGGGACAUAUGGAGAAGCGGUACCGGGUUGGACUAUUAUGCGGCCGUUGAAAAUGAGGGGUUUGAAAAAGGGAGCUCGGAGGAAUAAUAUGAAGAUGGGUACUGGUACAGAUACGAAUGGAGGUGUGGAUGGGGUGGAUGGAAAUGGGAAUGCGGAUAGGAAAGGGAACGGAAAUGGUGAUUUCAAAAUCACGGAGACGAAUGGUAGUGGUGGUGCAGAUAGGGAUGGGGAUGGGGACGGCGAAGGAGGAGUUGGGGAUAUGGAUGUACUGGGUGAAGUACGCAGCGACGACGAAUUACUGGGGGAAGAAGAAGACGAAGUACAGCGCCAGCGCGUCCCCAACAGCAACGGUGGGGCAAAUACACAACUCGAUGGAACGGUGGAAGGAGAGGAAGAGGAUGUGGUUGAAUAUAAAGUGUACAAAAGGCGCUGGUUCGGACUCGUACAAUUGGUAUUGUUGAAUAUCGUUGUCAGUUGGGACUGGCUUACAUUUGCGGCGAACUCAGCUACUGUCUCAGAAUACUACGACACGACCGAGUCAAAUAUCAAUUGGCUCAGUACCGGUUUCCUAUUUGCCUUUGUGGUUGCGUCGCCCCUCGUCGUCUUCACGCUGCACCGCGGAGGUCCGCGGCCAUCUAUCGUCACAGCAUCAGUACUGCUUUUGCUGGGGAAUUGGAUCCGUUAUGGUGCUACGCGGUCCGGGGCGAAUGGGAAUUUCGGAGGGGUGAUGUUUGGACAGAUAUUGACGGGUCUGGCGCAACCGUUCGUGUUGGCUGCGCCGACGAGAUACUCGGACUUGUGGUUUACGAACCGCGGUCGAGUCGCGGCGACGGCUGUGAUGAGUUUGGCAAAUCCGUUUGGGGGUGCGUUGGCGCAGCUUAUUGAUCCGGUAUGGGCGGAUAAGGCGAAGGAUGUGCCGGAUAUGGUUUUAUAUAUUGCUAUCAUU